AUGAGCGACUGGAUAGAGGGCAUGAGAAACGUCAAGCAGUCUGCCGCGGCUGAGGUCAUCGGCAUCAUGUCGAAGAUUCCCGAGUACUCUGACGCCAGCAUUGCUGACGUCGAUUUCAUCAUCAGCAUUGCUAGCGCUCCCCAUAGUGUCAAGAACAAACUCCUGUCCUUUCCCAAGUCUCCGUUCUUCCAACAAGCCCAGUUUUUCUUCUACAAGGAUAGAGGGGGAAACUACAUCCAAAUCGACAUUACUCCGGUGUGGCAGUCCCCCUACCUUCCAAUCUCCGCCAAGAAGCUGAACACUAUCCCACCGGGGUCGGUGCCAUAUAUCUCCCCCGUCGAUCUUCUGGUGGCGUUUAUUUCUAAGCCUGAGCAGUGGUGGAGACAGAAGCUGGGUCUCUAG